CACUGCUGUUAUUUUAAGGGAAACAUGGAGGUAGAAAGGCGCUAGGGUUCCAUGACAACCUACAGCGAACGUUGACAAAUCUCGACGAAGCCCUAUGAAGCCUAGUCAUAAUUAAAAUUGUCCUCUGAUGUGGAGCCGAUUGCGCGGACAGGCGGUAACAUCUGGGAAACAGGUUGUGGGCCCACUUCGGCUCCAUGCGAAGUCCCCGAGCUCUGGGCAGCGGCCCUUUAGACUGGCCGUGGCAGCUGCAAACACAUCCUACGAUACGACAAGCUUGUUUGGUGGCGAGGACUUCUAUACCAUUCUGGGUGUGCCUCCAAACGCCGAGUUCCGCGACAUUAAGCGCGCCUAUCACGGCCUGAUGCGGCAGUUCCAUCCCGACCGGGCACCCGAUAACUUGCGUGAUGAUAUGGCGUCGCUAUGUGUGCUUCUCAACGAGAUCUACGAGACGCUCAGUGACGAGGACAGGCGUACCACAUACGACACGCUGGCGGGUUUCUCGUCCAGUUCUAUCAACCCGUUCUUGGAUAACAGCUUCGCCCGGGAUCAGGUCUUUGUGGACGAGAUCACGUGCAUCGGUUGCGGCAAGUGCGUGCGCGCCUGCCCCCGAACCUUCGAGAUCGAGGCCUCCAAGUACGGCAGGGCACGUGUCAUUUCGCAGGACGCUGAUGACGUGGACAGCGUGCAGAUCGCGAUCGAGUGCUGCCCCGUGGAUUGCAUACAUUGGGUGUCUCUGCCCCAGUUGUCCCUCCUGGAAGCCGCGCUGUCCCGCAUGGGCCGCAUAGAGGUCUCGGUGAUGCAGCGGUUCGGGCGCUCCGGCGGAAAUGUGUUUCAGGUGGCGUACAAGGCCUGGGAGCAGCGCAUGGCGGCUAUUCAGGAGCGAGCUGCUGCGGCUGAUGGCCGCACGCGGGUGGACUGGUCUUUCUGGACCAACGGCGCCAGUCUGCAGUACGAUGAGGAGGCUGAUAAGCGAGCUGCAGCGCUGGAUGGGGUGCUGCGGCCCGACUCUGUCCCAGCCGUGUCUGGGGUCUCCAGCAUUGCGAACGAGCGCAGACGCGCCCAGAAGUCUGCCACCGCCCGGGCGCGUGCGCGGGCCAGUGGCGAGGCUCCUGUUGCGCCCGCUGUUGCUGCUGCUGCCACCGCCUCGCCCUCUCCCGCCCCUGCUUCCUGCGUUGGCCCUUCAUCCGCUGGGGCGUUUAGGCCUGAUCUCCACCGCGUGUGCUGCCUCCAGCCAGGCCGGGCUGAUGUCGCUGUGCAGGGCUCCAAGAGCUGCAAGGGCGGCAUCCUUGUCCUGCAGCUGGGCGGGGCCUGUGGCUGGGUCGAGGUGCUCACGGGCCCACGAAUGCCAGGCUGCUCCCUGGGGGGUGGUGGUGGCUUGGCUAGUGUUUACCGCUUCCCACACCCGUACCAGGUCCCACACCCGUACCAGGUUGUUGUUGUUGGUGGUGUUGUUACAUGGUCGUGGGAUCCGGAGCAGCGGCGCAUUGCCAACCUGGCCGCAUCCGCAGCUCGCGCUGCGCGCAUGUGGCGCUUCUUCCACCAGGCGACGUCGGGGGCGGGCAGGGCGCUGAUCCCGGAGAGCAGCACUUCUUCCCUGGAUCUGUAGCGACCUCCUGGACGGGGCUGCUUGUCGUCGGGCGAGUCGAAGAGCGCAAGACCGUUGAAUCUCAAUGUGGGUUGUGGAGGUUGCAACGACUAGGCUGCAACGUGCACGGCGACCCGCCGUGGUCAUCAACAACAUCAUCAUCACAUCCCGCUGUCUCUCCCGCUGAUGGUAAUCGGGACGAGAGGCAUGAGAGAACGGAAUGUGAUAAGAGAGCUUUUGAUAUCGGUUUAUUACGGCACGUACUAUAAUUUGCCGCAAAGGAGGCAAUUGAGGGACAGCAGUGCAGGCAGACGGUUUACAGGUUCAUUUAUGGCUCGUGGCGCGUGUGGCCAUUUGUUUUUCUGUAUAAAAAGUGUGACCAGACAACGUUCAGUGGGUUUGUCUUGUUCUGGCGAGAGGUUGUGCAGGCAUGGCACGUGAGCGGUUCGUCAACUCGAAGCAUAAGUUACAGGAAGUGUGAAGAGGGGAAGGAUGUCGUCAUGUAAGGCGUGCCUUUUCACGUUGACGUCCUAGAUGCCCUGGCUGGGGAGCGGAUGCGACAGCGGGUUGGGCGAGUUGGUUUAGAAAAGGGUGGUCCACACGUUCCUCGUUUGUUGACGGUAAACCUUGCGGGAAUGGUCGAUGCUGAUGUUUUAAACGGACUGUCGCCCUUCACGAACAACCCAUUGCCAAACUUGGUGUAAGGUGUGUUCCUUUG